GAUAACAUGAUGACCUGACUCUCCUGCCUAUGCAGCACGGGCACUGAUGGGAAAGGAUCCAAUAUGAGUGUAAAUGAUGUUGGAGGCAGACGACGCUUUGAGGAGAGCGAGUACACGCUGCACAUCUACCCCGGGAGUAUUGCCGAAGGGACCAUCUAUUGCCCCAUCACCGCCAGGAAAACCUCAACGGCAGCCGAGGUGAUCGAGUCGCUCAUCAACAAACUCCAGCUAGAGAAGACAAAAUGUUACGUCCUCGCAGAAGUGAAAGAGUUUGGCGGGGAGGAAUGGAUCCUCAACCCUACGGACUGCCCGGUCCAGCGCAUGAUGCUGUGGCCUCGCAUGGCCCUCGAGAACCGCAUCAGCGGCGAGGACUAUCGCUUCCUUCUGCGGGAGAAGAACCUCGAUAUCCACUCCGGCAGCCUCCAGUCGUGGCUGCGGGUGACGGAGGAGCGCCGCAGGAUGGUGGAGCGGGGCUUCCUUCCCCAGCCCCCGCAGAAGGACUAUGACGACUUGUGCAGCCUCCCGGACUUGAACGAGAAAACGCUCCUGGAGAACCUCAGAAACCGCUUUAAGCAAGAGAAAAUUUACACUUAUGUAGGCAGCAUUCUCAUAGUUAUUAACCCGUUUAAGUUUCUACCUAUUUAUAAUCCCAAAUAUGUUAAAAUGUACGAUAACCAUCAGCUGGGAAAGCUGGAGCCCCACAUUUACGCUGUGGCGGAUGUGGCCUACCACGCCAUGCUGCAGCGGAGGAAGAACCAGUGCAUCGUGAUCUCGGGCGAGAGCGGGUCGGGAAAAACCCAGAGCACCAACUUUCUGAUUCACCACCUCACUGCCCUCAGCCAGAAAGGAUUUGCUAGCGGAGUAGAACAGAUUAUUCUUGGAGCUGGACCAGUGCUUGAGGCUUUUGGAAAUGCCAAGACAGCCCACAACAACAACUCGAGCCGCUUUGGCAAGUUUAUCCAAGUGAAUUACCAGGAGACGGGCACUGUGCGCGGAGCUUAUGUUGAAAAGUAUCUCCUAGAGAAAUCCAGACUAGUCUAUCAGGAACACAAUGAACGGAACUACCAUGUAUUUUAUUACCUCCUGGCAGGAGCGAGCGAGGAAGAAAGAUCCGCUUUUCAUCUUAAGCAGCCUGAGGAGUAUCAUUACCUCAACCAGGACUGCUUCUCCGUCGAAGGGGAGGACCUGAAGCACGACUUUGAGCGCUUGCAGCUAGCCAUGGAGAUGGUGGGCUUCCUCCCCAAGACUCGCAGGCAAAUCUUCUCUCUCUUGUCUGCGAUACUACAUUUGGGUAACAUCCGCUACAAAAAGAAAACGUAUCGGGACGAUUCCAUCGACAUUUGUAACCCCGAAGUACUGCCGAUCGUCUCGGACCUGCUGGAGGUGAAAGAAGAGAUGCUGUUUGAGGCCCUGGUUACCAGAAAGACGGUGACUGUAGGAGAGAAGCUCAUCUUACCAUACAAACUAGCAGAGGCCGUGACUGUGCGAAAUUCCAUGGCUAAAUCCUUGUACAGUGCCCUGUUUGACUGGAUUGUGUUUAGGAUUAACCACGCGCUUCUGAAUUCAAAGGACAUGGAGGAAAACACCAAGACUUUAUCCAUUGGCGUACUUGAUAUUUUUGGCUUUGAAGAUUAUGAAAAUAAUAGUUUUGAACAAUUCUGCAUUAACUUUGCCAAUGAGCGCUUGCAGCACUACUUUAACCAGCACAUCUUCAAACUUGAGCAGGAGGAAUAUAGAGCAGAAGGCAUUAGCUGGCACAACAUAGACUACAUAGACAACUCCGGCUGCAUAAACCUCAUCAGCAAGAAGCCAACGGGCCUGCUCCAUCUGCUGGACGAGGAAAGCAAUUUCCCCCAAGCCACGAACCAGACGCUGCUGGACAAGUUCAAGCGGCAGCACGAAGGCAACUCCUACAUUGAGUUUCCAGCGGUCAUGGAACCGGCUUUCAUCAUCAAACACUACGCGGGCAAAGUGAAAUACGGAGUAAAGGAUUUCCGCGAGAAAAACACGGAUCAUAUGCGGCCGGACAUUGUCGCUCUGCUGAGGAGCAGCAAAAAUGCCUUCAUCUGCGGCAUGAUAGGGAUCGACCCGGUGGCCGUGUUCCGCUGGGCGGUCCUCAGGGCGUUUUUCAGGGCGAUGGUGGCGUUUAGGGAGGCUGGAAAGCGCUAUGUUGAGAAGAAAACCGGGCAUGAUGAUGCAGUGCCGUGUGCGGUUUUGAAAAGUGUGGAUAGUUUUAGCUUUCUCCAUCACCCAGUGCAUCAGAGGAGCUUAGAGAUCCUGCAGAGAUGCAAGGAGGAGAAGUACAGUAAGGCUCCAUAUCCCGCCGUCCUCUCUGAUCCCACGCUCACGUCAGGAAAUGGAAACCAGAAAAACUAUCUUUUGUGCAUCGGCGUCGGCUGGAACGGCAGGAUGGGCAUUCGGCACAGCAGGCUCUCCAGCCCGAGCUCCUUCCUAGACAAAGAUGGAAUAUUCGUUAAUUCCACCAACAGCAAGCUGCUGGAGAGGGCCCAUGGCAUUCUCAUGCGAAAUAAGAACUUCAAAGCCAAACCAAAUCUCCCAAAGCAUAUGCUGGAUGUGAAAUCCCUCAAGCACCUGACAAACCUGACGCUGCACGAUCGCAUUACAAAGUCCUUGCUCCAUCUCCACAAGAAGAAGAAACCACCCAGCAUCAGCGCCCAGUUUCAGGCAUCGCUCAACAAGCUGAUGGAGACGCUUGGCCAGGCAGAGCCCUAUUUUGUCAAGUGCAUUCGCUCUAAUGCCGAGAAGCUCCCGCUGGGGUUCAGCGACAGUCUGGUGCUCAGGCAGCUGCGGUACACGGGAAUGCUGGAGACAGUGCGGAUUCGCCAGUCAGGAUACAGCUGCAAAUACUCCUUCCAGGAUUUCGUCAACCAUUUCCAUGUCCUCUUGCCACAAGGAAUCAGCCCAUCCAAACCCAAUAUCCAUGAUUUCUUCCGGAAAAUAAAACUCGAUCCAGACAAUUAUCAAGUUGGAAGGACAAUGGUUUUUGUGAAGGAACGGGAGCGGCAGCUCUUGCAGGACCUGCUUCAUCAGGAGGUGCUCCGGAGGAUCACGCUGCUGCAGCGCUGGUUCCGCAGCCUGCUCUGCAGGCGGCAGUUCCUCAGCUUGCGCCAAGCUGCCCUGCUCCUACAGCGGUCCUGGCGCGGCUAUCGGAGCCGGAAGCGAGGCGAGGCGGCCCCGGACCCUCUGGCCCUGGGCAAAGCGGCGCUCGUCCUCCAGGCCCACUGGCGGGGCUUCGUGGAGCGGCGGCGCUUGCUGCACAUGCACGUGGCGGCCCAGCUCAUCGUCAUCGGCCUGCAAGCGGCCUGCAGGGGCUACUUGGCGCGGCAAAGGUACAGAGCUUUAAAAGAGCAGAGAUUAAAAGAGAGACAGCUGGAGAACAGCCUGAUAAUUAGAGAAGAGGAUGGACUGGAGGCAAAUGAUGCUUUGGAAAUUAAGGGCUCAGACCCAUCCAAGUGGGAGGACGGCUCCUUUGAAGAGAGAGUGAGAGCUAUAGAGGAGCAUAAGUUGCUGAUCGAGAAUAAUCGGCUGAAUCAUGCAGACCCCUUGGAUAAUACUGGAAGUUUAUUAUACAAAAGGCAUGAGAGAGCCAGUAGCCAGAGUGGUAUGGACACUGAGGAGGAAGUAGUCGUGAGAGAGAGACCCAAGUCUUUGGAGGAUCUCAACCAGAAAAAAGUGGUUCGUGCCAAAAGAGAAAGCCGGAGGAUGCGGGAGUUGGAACAGGCAAAAUUUAGCUUGGAAUUGCUAAAGGUCCGGUCCACUGCUGAGGCACUUCAUUCCUCUCAGGGAACCCCGGAGAGUGAAAGCUCUCAAGGGAGCUUAGAGAUGUUAAGCUGUGAAGAUACCCCGAGUAAACUUGUUUCCUUAGUUUUAGAAGAGCAAGAUGUGCCUUUGUUUUCCACGGGCACCCAGGACUCUCUCCCUAGUACUCCCCAGCCUCAGUGGCAGGACAAGUCUUUCUGCACAGCAGACGUGAACAGCAAUUUAUCCAGUUGCAAAAGGAGGCCAUCGGACUCGGAGCUACCCGACAGUCAAGCUACUAAGGAGCGCGAGGUCUGUGAUCCUCCCAGUGUUACCUACAAGAUGCAGCCCAGAGAAACCUUCCUUUCCAGUAACCUACCGACCUUCUACAUCCCACCCCAGGACAACUCGAAAGCAAAGCAGUCAUUGCUGGAGAAUAACCUGAGGAACAAGCCAGUUGAAAGAGAAGAGAAAACAGUUAUAUUCCCUGAGAUCAUGAAGGACUCUGAGUCCAACAAGCAAGACCGGGGCAAAACCUUGGGAGGGGAGGUAGGGGAAAAGCCUCCUACCAAGAGAGAGGAACAUGGGACAGGUAUUGGGAUACAGACCCAUUCGCCGGACUCGGUAAUCAAGAGACUGGAAAGACUCAAUGUGGAGAAAGAGGAACGACAAAAGCAGCUUCAGCUGCAAAAUGAGAAGGAGAUGAUGGAGCAGAUCCGCCAGCAGAAAGAAAUUCUGGAGCAACAACGCAAAGCCUUUGAGCAGCUUGAGAGACAAGGGAGGGUGGAAGCUCUGCAGAGGCUUGAGGCGAGCAGAGUCAGGGACCCGGCUCUCAAACCAUCCAAACGACCAGAGAGCCGGCCCCAGUCUGCCCUCAUCCUGCAUCCCCAGAGCAGAGGGGAGACGGGCCUCCCUGCGGGGAUAACUCCCUCCUCGGUCCAUAUUAAAGGUCUCACUGUUGGGAACAGAGGAGCGUCUCCGGCCCACAGCGCUUCCAAAGACAGACCUGUCAGCAUGUUCAUGGAGCGAAAGGAAGGGCAGGCCGGAAUGGCGCUCGAACCCCCCCGGGUGGAGCGGCCCAGCUCCAAACUGCCUCUGGACUCCAGGGAUCUCCCGGACAGCCACUUUUCCCGGGCAGAGCGCCUGAGGCAGCCCCGCAUGCCCACCCAGGCUGCCGAUGACACAAGGGCAGGCGCUAUGUUCUUCACACCAAAAGACACUGCCUUCGGCCUCCACAGGGAAGCGAGCCCACAGUGCCUUCCCAAGGGGGAACCAGCCAGGAAGCCGUUCAAGAUACCUGGGUCUGGCCGAGGAGAGGUUGCCAGACCGACCCAUAAAAAGAAAGCCCGCAUGGCGCGGACGCGCUCCGAUUUCUUGACUAGAGGUACUUGUGCUGAUGGGGAGGGGGAUACGGAGGAAGAUGAUUACGAUGACAAUUUUGAGUUCCUUCUCUCCUCUGACCAACCUCCUCAUGCUGAGACAGGGCCUGCAGCCAGGCUCGGGCAGGCCUGUUACAGUGACUCCGAAAUGACCGUACAGCGAUUUGCAUCUGGUGAAGGCCAAACGAAGCUUCAUAAAACUAUGUCUCAGGGGGAGAUUGGGAAGUUGGCAGUUGCACAGAAGACCCUGGCUCCAGAUGGGAGGCCUCAACGAGCCAAGAUGAGAUUCUGGGUAAAGGGGAAGCAGGGGGAAAAGAAGACGCCGCGGGAGAAGCUUGCUACCCAGUCUGAGCUGCUUGAGCUCUACGCAGAGCAAGAAGCACCGAGCAGAGAGGUGGUUCCUGGCCUGCAUCUCGGGGAAGAGUUGGGUCCUCACCAUCUGACACCCCCACGGAGUCCGGAGCUGUCGGGACUUUAUCGGAAGGAGUUUAAGGAGAACAAAGAGCCGUCUCCCAAAGUGAAGCGCAAGCGCAGCGUCAAGAUCAGCAACGUGGCUCUGGAGCCCGUGCAGUGGCAGAACGACUCGCUGCAGAUCAUAACCAGCGCUAGUGACUUGAAAAGCAUGGACGAGUUUCUCCUGAAAAAGAUGAAUGAACUGGAUAAUGAGGACAGCAAGAAGGACACUUUGGUGGAUGUCGUGUUCAAAAAAGCCCUGAAGGAGUUCCGCCAGAACAUCUUCAGCUUUUACUCCUCGGCAUUAGCAAUGGAUGAUGGGAAAAGCAUCCGGUAUAAGGACCUGUAUGCCUUGUUUGAGCAGAUUUUGGAGAAGACCAUGCGGCUUGAACAGAGAGACUGGAGCGAGUCUCCAGUUAAAGUCUGGGUCAACACCUUCAAAGUCUUUCUGGAUGAAUAUAUGAUAGAGUACAAGCCCCUGGACUACACUGCAGUGAAGGUGCCAAAAACGGAGAGAAAAAAGAGAAGAAAAAAAGAGGCAGAUGUGGUGGAAGAGCACAACGGGCACAUUUUUAAGGCCACGCAGUACAGCAUCCCCACCUACUGUGAAUAUUGCUCCUCCUUGAUCUGGAUCAUGGACAGGGCUUCUGUUUGUAAAUUGUGUAAAUAUGCUUGUCACAAGAAGUGCUGUCUUAAAACCACGACCAAGUGCUCCAAAAAGUACGAUCCGGAGCUGUCGUCUCGGCAGUUCGGCGUGGAGCUCUCCCGGCUCACCAGCGAGGAGCGAGCGGUGCCGGCGCUCGUGGAGAAGCUCAUCAACUACAUCGAAAUGCACGGGCUGUACACAGAGGGCAUCUACAGAAAAUCAGGGUCCACCAACAAGAUCAAGGAGCUGCGGCAAGGGCUCGAUACAGACAUUGACAACGUCAAUUUAGACGACUACAACAUCCACGUCAUCGCCAGCGUGUUCAAGCAGUGGCUCAGAGAUCUACCCAACCCUCUCAUGACCUUCGAGUUGUACGAGGAGUUCCUGCGAGCUAUGGGCCUGCAGGACAGGAAGGAGACGGUCCGGGGGGUGUAUUCAGUCAUUGACCAGCUGUCCCGCACCCACCUCAGCACCCUGGAGCGCCUCAUCUUCCAUCUCGUGAGGAUUGCCCUCCAGGAAGAGACCAAUCGAAUGUCAGCGAAUGCCUUGGCGAUUGUGUUUGCUCCGUGUAUCCUGCGCUGUCCUGAUACGACAGACCCACUACAGAGCGUUCAGGACAUCAGCAAAACGACCACUUGCGUAGAAUUAAUCGUCAUAGAGCAGAUGAACAAGUACAAGGCUCGUCUCAAGGACAUCAACAGCCUGGAGUUUGCUGAGAACAAAGCAAAGAGCCGCCUCUCCUUGAUCCGCAGAUCAAUGAAACCCGUACUAAUUGCAGUUAGAUUUAUGAGCAUAACCCGCAGUUCGAUCCCGGGCAAAGGCCGUGUACGGCGCGGCACCUACCCUAGCCCCACGUCUCCCGUCGCCGUCCGCCUGCCCUCAGUGUCCGACGUCCCCGAGGAGACCAUGAGCAGCGAGGAGGCCAUGGAGAUGGAUGUCACGGAGCAGCAGCAAGCGGCCAUGCAGCAGGAAGAGAGGGUGCUCACAGAGCAGAUCGAAAGCUUACAGAAGGAGAAGGAGGAGCUGACGUUCGAGAUGCUGACGCUGGAGCCACGGGCCUCCGAUGACGAAACGCUGGAGUCCGAAGCCUCUAUCGGCACCGCUGACAGCUCCGAGAAUUUGAACUUUGACUCCGAAGGAGGCAUCUCCGACCGUUCAGGUAAACCCAACGUGUGGCUGUGCCCGGGCGCAUUUGGCAACGAGUUCAUGGUGUGA